AUGACCUCUCAUGGAUUGGCAGCGGCCAUUCUUCAUGCUUACAACAAUCAUCAACAUUUACGCUUAUCGCCUGAUGAUAUCUGGUUAACCAUCGCACAGGGAGUUAGUCAUCAUAUUAAUUAUAAUGCAGAAAAAUUUCGUCAUUAUUUUGUCGAUCAUGAAGGCAAAAAAGAGAUAAGUAUUUCUGCCGGUGAUAUUUUAGUUGAAAAAAAUUCUUGCAUUGAGGGAGAUUGGCCUGAAGCGGUAAAAAGAUUGGUCGUGAAAACUGAUAAAGCUGUAGAGAAAAUUGAUAUAAAAUCUCUUUUAGAAUGUAAUUUUUCUACUACAACAAAUAAUUCGCUUACCGCUAGUCGUAUCGUUCUUUUGGAUAUGGUUAAAGCAUAUUUUUCAUAUAAAGUAUGUAUGUUGUGCGGAAUUCCUAAAGUUACCCUCGAGGGUACUUUGGAAGAUUGGGAAAAGGUACAAGAAAAAGUUAUUCGAUUACGACAGUUAAAUUUAGAUCUCGAUUUUUGGUUGGAUAGAUUGGAUCCUGUUAUUUGCAAGUUAAUCGAAACUUAUAAAGGUGAAAUUGAUGAAGAGUUCUGGUCAAAGAUAGCCUCGAGUAUAUCAUUUGGUUCAGGCCCUAGAAAUAUUAGUGGAUGGAUGAUGGCCUUUUAUCCUUAUGAAAAGGAUGGAACAAAGCUAACUUGGAAUUCAAUUGCACCGAGAGAUAUUCCUGAUGGAAGGGUUGCGGUCCCCUUUACAACUGAUACUGAUUUAGAGUUAAAAUUUAUUGCUGGAUUUUUGGGUGCGCAACAAGAACUUCUCGGGAAUUCUGAUGAAGUGGUUGUCUCACCAAUGAUUGGUUGGUGUGUAAUUGAUGAUAAAAAUGCGAAGGAAAAGAAGGAAGACGUUUGUUAA